UGCGCAAGCGCGGUCGUUCCGGGUGCUCGGAAGACCUGGCGGAGCCAGGCGCUGAUGGAGGCCUGAGGGCGGCGGGGGCGGGGCGCGCCGCGAGCUGGGGGCAUGUCCACGGCGGGCGCCGUCUAGAGGAGGGCCAAGCAGCCGCCACCACGCUUUCAGUCGCGGCGAGACGCAAGCGAGCCAGGCCGAGGGCCGCGGCGGCGAUGCAGCGACGGCGGCGCCCUCCGCCGCCAGUCUCUCAGCUGCCCGAGGGCUGCGGGGGAGGCGGCAGCAGCCGCGGAGGAGGCGGCGGGAGCGAGGAGGUGGAAGUGCAGUUCUCCGCCGGGCGUUUGGGCUCCGCCGCGGCGGUUUCGGCGGCGGCGGCCACGCGCAGCACAGAGGAAGAGGAGGAGAGGCUCGAGCGCGAGCACUUCUGGAAGAUCAUUAAUGCCUUCCGCUACUAUGGCACCAGUAUGCAUGAGCGCGUGCACCGAACAGAAAGACAAUUUCGAUCACUCCCAGCUAAUCAGCAGAAACUACUUCCGCAGUUUCUUCUUCACUUGGACAAGAUCCGGAAAUGCGUUGAUCAUAAUCAAGAGAUACUACUCACCAUUGUGAAUGAUUGCAUACAUAUGUUUGAAAAUAAAGAAUAUGGAGAAGACGAGAAUGGAAAGAUUAUGCCAGCAUCUACAUUUGACAUGGAUAAGUUAAAAUCCACAUUGAAACAGUUUGUGAGAGACUGGAGUGAAACUGGGAAAGCAGAAAGGGAUGCCUGCUACCAGCCAAUCAUUAAAGAAAUUUUAAAAAAUUUUCCAAAAGAGAGAUGGGAUCCUUCUAAAGUAAAUAUUCUGGUACCUGGUGCUGGACUAGGAAGACUGGCCUGGGAAAUAGCUAUGCUAGGUUAUGCUUGUCAAGGAAAUGAAUGGAGUUUUUUUAUGCUCUUUUCUUCCAACUUUGUACUCAACAGAUGUUCUGAAAUUAAUAAAUAUAAGCUUUAUCCCUGGAUUCAUCAGUUUAGCAAUAACCGGAGGUCAGCUGAUCAGAUUCGACCCAUCUUUUUCCCUGAUGUUGACCCCCACAGUCUUCCUCCCGGUUCUAACUUUUCUAUGACAGCAGGAGAUUUUCAGGAGAUAUACUCAGAAUGCAGUACUUGGGACUGUAUUGCUACCUGUUUCUUCAUAGACACAGCUCACAAUGUAAUUGAUUAUAUUGACACAAUAUGGAAAAUACUCAAACCAGGUGGAAUUUGGAUAAAUCUAGGUCCUCUGCUAUACCACUUUGAAAAUUUGGCAAAUGAACUUUCCAUAGAAUUGAGCUAUGAGGAUAUAAAAAACGUUGUCCUGCAGUAUGGAUUCCAGGUAGAGGUGGAAAAAGAAUCUGUCUUGUCAACAUAUACUGUGAAUGAUCUCUCCAUGAUGAAGUACUACUAUGAAUGUGUCUUGUUUGUGGUCCGUAAACCACAAUAACGGUCUCAAGUGGUAUCACAAGGAAAAAAGUUUAAUAAUAGCAGAUGCUGAAAUAAACAACUCAAAGUCAACUAUUACAAUGACAGGACACAAUCUCAAGUGGUAUCACAAGGAAAAAAGUUUAAUAAUAGCAGAUGCUGAAAUAAACAACUCAAAGUCAACUAUCACAAUGACAGGACACAACCUCAAGUCAGUGGUGCCUUCUUAUUCCUAACAAAAUUAAGAAAUAGCGUCUAUUUUCUUAAUAUGUCUAUUGCUUUUUCAGAAACAUACUAUGCCAUGCAUAUUUGUACUACACAAGUAAAAAUGGAGGAAAUGUCUUCAAGUAUACAUUUUCCUUGAAGCCCAGAAUUAUCUUUCAGUAGAAAAAACUUUGUCUCCAGUGUCUUCAUGAAGCUGUCCAUUGCAAGUCUGCCAUAUGAAUGACUAAUAGUAUUGAAGUCCAUAAUAAUCUCCUUUUUUGUUCUUUUGUAUGCAUUGCACAUGUUAUUUUUUAAAAAGUCUAAGGAUCCUCUGUCACCUUCAACAUCUGGAAUUGGGAAUUUUGUUUACUUUGGACCUAAGGAAUCUAUAUGUAAAAUGUGCAUCUAUUCUUUUAUCAUUCAGAUUAUUUGAUUUUAUUUUCUAGCUCAACUGACUUUAUAGUUAGCAUCAAACAUUUCAUUUUUAUGAAGUGCUGAAUUCAUAGGAUCACAGGCCAGUAAAAUGCAUUUUAAAUAACUGAGAAAUUAAGUCUUUUGGACACACUAAAUUUAACGCUUUUUGAAAGCAUACUCAUCAUGGAUCACUCUGAAAUGUAUGAGAUCUCAGCAUUCUAAGUGAGGCACAAAAGCCUUUAUUAAAGGUACUGCUCGGAAACUGGGGACAUAAGAAUAAAAUCUGCCCAUUUGAAAUGUAUGAUUUCAAACUAUAAAUGAAUACAGAGUUUGUCAGUGAGAUGUUUACAAUAAUGUCUUUUCUUUAGGUUACAUGAAUUACAAAAGCAAGCACUUUUUUUUCCGUUAAAACAAUUAUAUACUAGUAAAACCUGUCAUGAUAGUAUUAAUGUGGAGAAAUUUUGAUUAUGAAAUUUAGGGAUAAAUUACUGCCCAUGGUCUGUGUCUUUAAUAUUGUAAGAAGCAGCCAUUAAUAUAAUUUCAGAUUAAUACCAAUUUUGUUCCCUGAUAGCUGUAGCUAAAACAGUAUAUAUGCUGCUUUAAAUUUCUACCUCUAGCGGAUCUUUAUUGGAGGGAGUUUUCCUUUGUAUUUUUUUAAUGUUUAUUAUCCUGUUUUCCAGUAGCUUGAUAAGUAGAGAUGACUAAUUUAACCUUUUCUUGGAGAAAAGGAAGUAAUAUUGAAUAUUUUCACAGAUGAUUGUGAUGAUAUUAAGUGACCUCUGUGGCAAUUUGGAUUAGAUAGACUUAAUCUCAAUAAUGUGCUGGUAGCAUAAAUGUCAUGUUUUCAUAGGAAAACUUACUUAGAAAUCUUUAGACCUUUACUGUCAGUUAGGUGCGGGGGAGUCACUACGCGAUUUGGCAUCUUACCAGUAGGACCUUUUCUGCAUACACUACAGGAGCUCCUGUGGCCUUUAUGCCCAUGAUGCAGUGAAGGAUUCCGUGAAGUUAAUUUGAUUUGUCAAGUUAUGGACACGAGUAUGUAACCUGUUGAGUAUUUCUGAAAAACUGUUUCUCUUUUUUGUGUUCCUCAGUACUUGGCAGAUAUUCACUUAGUGGGAAUUCUCCUUACCUACCACAUGGAUGAACUUGAAAUUAAUUGCAAGGGGAAAAAGCCCCCAAAUUUAUUAUUUUCUUUUAAAGAAAGAAACUUAAAAGAAGCAUAAGUAUUUUAAAAAAGCCAUUGAAAGGAAAGGAAUCAUGCUGUUUGUAAUUUAGAAAUGCUUUUUAUUCACUGAUUAAUAUUCACUUUUUUACAACUUGUAUCAAAACAAACGAUCUUGGUUUUCUCAGAGGGAAAAACAGGUUGACACCAAUGGGUUGGCAUUAUUACUUAAAAUUUUUGCUAUCAGGUUUUAUUCUUUAAUAAUGUUACUUAUAUUUCUAAAUUAUAGCUUAUAUUUUAGUUAAUUCUGAAAUCAUUUCAUUUGUUUCUAAUUUCUCCCUCAUAUUAUGAAUACUGUUUUUUAAACGUACUUCACAAAUUUGCAUCACUCUUUUUCUUAUAGCUUUUGUAGUUAAUAUAUUCUAAACUUGAAAAUUGUGGUAUCAAUCAAUAAUAGAGGUGUCACUGGAGGAUUUAAUUUUGUAUUUCUUAUGUGUAUAAAUAGCUACUAAAGUGUGUAAGCCUUAAAGUUUAAAACAUUUUUCUUAAAUAACUCUAUACACAAAUGUUUUCAUUCAUUUUCAUCAAAUGGGAGGAGAUAGGUCACUGUGCUUGCUUUUGUUGUUGUUUUUUAUUAAAUUUACAUAAUCUGAAGCAAUGCAGGCUAGGGUAUAUUAAUCAAGUGAGCAAGAUGGGAUAUGUAAAAUAUAAAGAGAAGCUGUAUAAAUCACAGUAUAAAAUUACGAAGUUUGGGAACUGUAAAAUGCACUGUAUUUGUAUGUAACUCUCAUUCUAAAAGUUGCCACAAAGGCUUAAUCGGAAGCUUCAUGUCUGCAUGAAAUUUCCUAUAUUUUUAAUGUGUAUGAUGGACUUAAUUUUUCUUGAAUAUUAAAGUCUGCCAAUUGCUAUGAAA